GAACAUUAGCGUGGGAGGAGAUCACCAAGAAAUCAAACUAAAUAGAAUGCACACUGCUGGUUUAUCAUUACUACUAAUACGGUAGGUUAACUUUUAUAAGAAGGAUAAAUACAGACCUUCCAACUAUUUUAAGUUGACUUAAGAUAAGAGGACAUACUGUGUAUUUUGUUCUAUUUCCGCUGCUUCAGCUGUUGCUAACAGACAAUAGUAAUUACUUGUAAAACCGGUUGAUUCAUUCGCAGUGCGCCGCCCUGACGCGCGGACAGUACUCAAGCGCAAUAAUGCGGUCAACGGACGCGAUGGUGGUGCACAAACGCAAGCAACUUACCAAACAAGAACUAACACUAAGAGACUGGUAAACUGCAGAGCAAGGUGAUAACGUUCUCCUGUUCGAAAGUACACUUUAAAUUAAACAACGCAGAAAUCGUAAAAAACAACAACAACACACGUUUACAAAAAUACGUGUGGAAAUAAAGAGAUAUUGAUACAUACAGCAUAUUACUUUUGGGAAGAUCUGCGCUCCUGAGAAGUCCGUAAGGAUUCACCUUACGGUUAUUUUUUUUUUUUGUGAAGUUUUUUUUUUUUAAGAACUGCGGUCUAGCAGGAGUUUUUAUCCCUUUACUCGAAUUCGCAUCGACGUCUUGUUUAAAUCUGAACCCGUUUUAAAUUAUAUCUAAACAUAAAUUCAUAUAAUUGUUUAAAGCUUUAUAAAAUAACCUUUCACAGCCACGCCGUGGUUAGACGAUGAAGGCGCUUUGGCGAGGUGGAGUGGUGUGUCUUAUAGCGGUGUGCGCUUGGUCCAGUGCGGUUCGGAUCCAGAGCUGUUCGAAUAGUUCUGUCGCUCUCCAGUUCGGCACCAUAGACAAACACGAACCAAAACGGACACCGAAUACUGCCGGUUCGCUGACGCAGCUUUACAGCUUUGUUCACCUGUUUCUGGAUGCGGUGCAGCCUAAUUCCUUUCCCAAAGACCUACUGAGAGCUGCCUUGGAGAAACACAUUGAACCAGCAAAGGUGGCACGCUAUGAGGCUGGAUACAUUGUGUGCCUCAUCAUUGCUGUCCUCUAUGUGUUGCUCAUGCCCCUGGUGGGCGUGAUCUUCGCCUGCUGCCGUUGCUGUGGAAACUGCGGAGGGAAGGUCAAGCAUAAUCAACAAUCCCUGAGCUGCCAUCGCAACACACUGGCAACUUGUCUGGGUGCUAUCACAAUCAUCAUCCUGGCGGGGGUGAUCCUGGCUUUCAUUGCCAAUGGCAGAGUGACAGAGAAUGUGGACCCUGGGGUGCAGUCUGUCAUCUCCGAUCUGAAGGACAUGGCAGAGCUUCUCUCCUCUCUUCCCGAGAAAAUCAGAUUUAUUGCCAAAGAGUAUACUGUCCCUGAGAAAAAAAUAAUAGAAGAAUUAAAAGGUGUUGGUGAUCAAAUUGGAAAUGCCAUCAUCUUGUCUCUUGAAAGCUCAGCCUAUAAUGCAACGAGGGAGCUGUCCAUUUCAGCACAAGAGGCAGUGCAUGUAACAGAGCUUCUGCAAUCCAUAAAUGAGACAACAGCCACCCUCCAGUCUCGUCAGAUCUCGCUGGUCUCUGGGCUGAAACAGCAUCAGGAAGCAUUGCAAGCCAUAAUGAAGAACUGCAGAAACUGUUCGGCUCUGUCUCCUUAUGUGGGGAAACUGCAGAUUGAUGCAAACUACAGUGAGAUUCCCAGUGUGGAGAAAGAGCUGAAGAGUAUGCCAACAGCCAACCUGACAAACCUGGUUGAAAAGGGAAAUAAAACCUUCCAUGAUAUUCCGCAGAUGUGUAGAAAUCAAACCACUAAGAAAGUAGAUGCUGUAAUACUCUUUCUGGAUGAUAUUCAGAAGUCUAUCAUGCAGAGCAGUGAGCAGUUCCCCUCCCUGGCGUCCAUCUCUCAGCAGAUCACUAAUAUCCAGAACCCCAUUGCAUCAUAUGGAAAAGAGGUCAAGCGAUAUGACUUUUACAGGUGGGCUGUGGUCAUUGCACUCUGCUGCGUGAUCCUGUUCAUCGUGGUGCUCAAUGUUCUGGGCCUGGCAUUUGGGAUUGCCGGGGUCAGCUCUCGCCAGCAAGAUUACCACGAGAGCUGCUUGGCAAGCACUGGUGCCAACCUACUCAUGGCGGGGGUUGGUUUCAGCUUCAUCUUCUCCUGGCUGUUUAUGCUAACGGUUUUCGUCACCUUUGUGGUGGGAGGGAACGUCUAUACCUUGGGCUGCAGGAGCUGGCACAACAAGGAGAUCUUUGCAUUUCUGGACAGCUCACAAAACCUGCUACCGGUGGGACUGAAUAUCAGCGAGAUCCUGGGAACUAACUUCAGUUUCUCUAAAUUUUACAUGACCUGUGAGGAGGGGCAGUCAAUGUAUGACUACCUGCACCACAGUCAGAUCUUGGAUUUUAACGAUAUCCUCAGUAUUGACAAGUACUCAGGGGACUUGAAGAAUCAGGUCCUGAACCUGUCCGUGGAUCUCAGUGAACUGAGGUUGCUGUCUGAUGAAGACAAAAAAAGCUUUGAAGAUUUUAAAGACAGCGGCGCCGAUAAAAUCAACUUUACUCUCCUGAAAUCACAGCUGAGCAGGCCGGUGGUGAAGACAGACCUGCUGGGAUUUGCAGACUUGUUGAAUCAAACAGCCCAGCUGCAGACGGACAGCAGUAAGCAAAAGCUGGAAAACGAGUCUAUCAGUAUCAGAGUCCUGCACAACACAACAGUGAGACAGCAGGAGAAAGAUGCAGAAAGGUUGAAUGCAAGUGUUGAUGCAUUAUCUUAUAUCAGUAAAGACCUCCAGAGGAAUAUCAACAAUGCCCUGCAGAGUAUCAACGACACUCAGAAUAAAAUCAACUCAACAGUGCCUCUGAUUGUGCAAAAUCAUGCCCAGUGCAUCUUGGACAGAGGAAUAGACUAUUUCCAGCAGUAUCUGAUGUGGGCAAAGCAGAUGAUCCUUAAAAGGAUUCUGGUCUGCCAGCCACUGGCCAUCUAUGUGGAUAAUGUAUACACUGUGCUGUGUGAGAACAUCAUUGAUCCCUGGAAUGCCUUCUGGCACUGCCUGGGCUGGUGCUCUGUAUUCCUGAUUCCUAGCAUCAUCUUUGCAGUCAAGACAGCCAAGUACUUACGGCCAACCCUCAGCAGACCAAGCAACUCCUUCAAAAUGGAAGAUAUGUUCCAAAUCCCCAAGGCAAAGAUGAUAGAAUCCAAAACCAAUAUCUAUGCCAACCCCGUCUCUAAUAUCAACUUCAGCGGGAACACCUGAAUUUUGACUAUGUCGGAAGACAACAAUAAAUAGGUUUUAAGCAGUGAAAAA